GCCUUGAAAACGGGAUUUAUGAAGUAGCUUACUGACGAUGGCGACCUUUGAAAGAUGAAAAUGUGGCAUCGAAUAUUUUACUGAUAUCCUCAGAAAAAAAAAACAUUUGAGGUCAUACUAUUCAGGACAUAACCGGCUGAUUAUGGAGAAAAAGAGCGGUUCUAGUGAUGGGACUAUUGGACCCCGAGAGAAGGCCGUUCUUAUUACACUCGUGAAGUUCACACUUGGAAUGAUUCUAGUACCACUCGGGGCAUUUUUUGUCUGUAAAGGGAUAAUAUUUGAAGGAAUACUUGGCUACAGUAAUGGUGCCAUAGGGAGUGCGGUAGUCACGGUUAUAAUCAUCCAUGUCAUCAUAUUCAUGUAUGUCAGAAUAGCGAUCAAUGAGGAUCAAGAGCCAGUUGAGAAAAAGAAAGAAUAAAUUAGGUUUGCCACAUGGAUAAGAAGAGGAUAGAGCAAUCCUUGAGUAGGUAAAUAUAUUACAAAACCGCUGCUUUAUUGUGAAUAAACUAUUUUCAAUUUAUUAUUUACAAAAGUUAAAAAUUAAAAAAACCUUAACAUUAAUGAGUUAUUACAUACAUUAUCUACAAAUGCAUUACAUGUUAAGACCAUCUAAGUGGGGAAGAAAUUCCUUAAAAUGAGGCAGAAGCUUACAAUGAUUUGUAAAUCCCAUAUAUUUUAAAUAACAUAUUGACUAUGAUGAAAAUGAUUUCUUUAUAGCAUUCGUAAGCCAAUAACAGCUUCCUUUAAAAUGUCCUGAGCUUCAGUUUGCAUCUAACAGGCAAAAGUAACCUAUUUGUGUUCCAAGUUUGUUCAUGUUGGUUUUAAACAGGUUGUUCACAUAGCCAAAUAUAUCUGUUUUGAGGACCUUUUUUUUCCAAUUUUGUUCGACAAAGCCGAAGACACCCUUUUUUAGAUAAUAUACAUUUAGGUUUGAGUUUUUAUUAGUUAGGUGAUAUACAUAGGCAAAGGCGUCUGUUGUAGAUAUUAUGUUUGGUUUAGACAAGUUAAUUUUAUUUUAGACAGGUCCUGGAAGAAGCAUCUCCUCAUCACUGUCUUCCUCAUUAGACCUUCUGCCCUGUCUCAUUAUCUGUCAAAACACAAGAAAUGCAAUAUAAUUUUUAAAUAUACACAUAGCCAUACAUGAAAAAGGGGGGGGGGGGGGAAUGGAUAAGUGGGUUUCAUACAGCUGGUCUCAUCUUGAAAUAAUUCAAAAUGACAGUUAAUUUUAAAUUUUGUAUAAUUGUAAAUUAUAAUAAGGAAUGCUGAUGUACUAUAUUCUACCUUUUUCAAUGCAAUCUCUCUUUUGAGGUCUUUCCUGUAUGAGUGCACACAGAAAACACAGUACAUCUGGUGAAGAAAUCACUAUUUUAGAUUAGCUCUAUGUACUCAAAUGCAAUGUUUUGGUUCCUUACUUAGUUGUGGGUAGCUUAGCAAAGGGGAUGGGGUGUAAGAUAAGGACUUAUUAAAGUAGCUGCUAGAAAUAAAAAAAAGGUUGACUAAUGCUUGCUGCCCCAGGUAGAAUUUUUUAGUACUACUAACCCCUGUCCUAGUUUGGCUAUUUAGAUAUGUGACAUUUUUCUUACGUUGAUAAUGAAGAACACAGCAUCUCCAAUGUAUACAGAAUGGCUCAGCUAAAAAAGAAAGGAAUAAAUGUAUUAGCUAUGUUAGAAA